AUGCUGAGCGAAGGAGUGGCGCAAGAAGCGGAGGUGAAGAGCUGGUCACAAGAAGACGAGCUAGAGGAUCAGCUGCUCUUCGACGAUCUCUUUCCUACACGACCAGGAAGAGACCAUUCUCGUAUCCUCCUUGACCUGGGAGAGGUCAGAGGGGAGCGACAGAAGGGGCAUCAUUGGGGUGAUGAAGACAUGGAAGAAGAUUUUAUCCGCCUCUGCUCUGCUUCCAUGGCGAAAUGGCGCUUGCUCGAAGAUUCCCGCACUCAUCAUGAUGCGCAGAGCUCGAGCUGGGGACCUGAAGCACAGGACCUUGCGCAGCUGACGCACGCUGCGCUGGCGACGGAGGUGCUGAAGCGAGAAAGCGGGAGAAAGAAAGACCUGGAAAAGCGACACCCACAUGACGCCCAUGAGCUGGAGGCCUGGCGGGAGUUGGCAGGCGAGCAUGAGCAAGAAGAGCUGGAAGUGCUCAAAGACAGCAGGCAGAGAAGCUUGCUAGGAGGCAACUUAGACUACGAGAAGCUGUACUUGAUGCCGCAAUGCACCUACUCAAAGGUCUACGUGGGGAGGUUCAAGGGGAAGGAAUCCAAGACGGUUGCGAUCAGAGAGUUGGACCUGCAAGAAUACUGGGUUGACCACAAGGUCAGGUGCUACGGCGGCAGCUAUUCGCGACAAGAGCAGGUGGUCGUGGUGGUCGAUGAACUGAUGGACGCGGGAUCUCUACAAGGUCUGAUCGCCUACCUGUGGCAUGAGCGACAGAAGACAUGGCAAGAGGAGGAGCGUCUCAUGGAGGAAACCGCCAUCCGGAAAAUCAUGGCAGCGAUCCUUCAUGGGCUGAAUCAUCUCCAUUCCAACGGCAUCGUCCAUGGAAGAUUGAAGGUCAGGCAAACGCUGCGACUUUCUUCAGAACUGAUCUUGCUCUUUUCUCCCCCAUCGUAA